UUUCUGUAGGUAUCUGAAUCAUCAAAUCCAUUUCUAAAUCGUAUGCUUAACAGAGACACCAUAACAAGAAUAACAUAUAAAAAUGAUGCAUACUUACUACAGGGGCUUAAUAUUGAGGAACUUUAUCCAGAGACCUCUAGUUUCAUUACCUAUGAUGGGUCAAUGACAAUUCCACCCUGCUAUGAAACAGCAAGCUGGAUAAUAAUGAACAAACCUGUCUACAUAACGAGGAUGCAGAUGCAUUCUUUACGACUGCUAAGCCAGAAUCAGCCAUCACAGAUAUUUCUGAGCAUGAGCGACAAUUUCAGACCAGUCCAGCCUCUCAACAAUCGAUGUAUCCGAACUAACAUCAACUUUAGUUUACAGGGAAAAGAUUGUCCAAACAAUAGAGCACAGAAACUGCAGUAUAGAGUAAAUGAAUGGCUCCUCAAGUAAGUAACACAGAGCAGGCAGAACCCCUAACCUCAGUGGAAUGCUACUACUGUGAAUUGACAUAAUCUAGAAAGCACCCAACCUCACUCUCUUUGGGUUCACGACAGCAUGUGCCAACAUGCUGUAGGAAAAGAGCUGCCAUGUUGGAAACAACUAAAAAUUCAUUCAUAUGAUCGGUGGUAAUUAAAAAAAUUUAAAAGACAGUAUUACAGUAAAUGUGAUUACAAUUUUGAUACAGUUUUCCUGAACUAAUUUAGCUUCACAAA